CACAAUUGAUCGCAAGUGCCGCUUUUCGGGAUUUUUCAGUAUGGUAGCACUAUUCUAACAAGGUAAAAUUGUUAGAAGUGGGAAAGCGGAAAAUCAGGGAACGCAGGGCUAGUUCAGGAGGCUCCUAUCCGAUCUGGCCAGCCCACUCUGUCCAUCUCAUCAUGGAGAACCCGGUCCGCAAAGGAGCAGCAAAGCGAUCGCGAUCUGAGGAUGGCGACGCCAAUAACAAUUUCACGCAGCGGAAAGUGUUCGUGAACCAGAGAAUGAGCGACUCCCGCGAUCCCCAAAAAAUGAAGGAGGUCCAUGAUAAAACAACCAAAAUGCUUUUCGAUGGCGCAGCCGGCAAUGGACAAGGUCAGGGACAGAAUCCAUUGGGAGGAGGUCAGGAGGCGUCGGCCCUAUGCGAGCAGUACCAGUUGCUGGGCGAUGGCACCAUCAUUCUGCGCAACCUUCGCGCCGACUUUUCCAAUCCGCGCCUGGAGCGCCACAAGUCCCGCUGCUGCCAGCGCCAAACGCUCAUCCACGACCUAUGCGCCAACUGCAUGAUGGAUCUCUGCGAGGAGUGUGGCUACUCCUGCGGCGAGUGCUCCAAGUUCAUAUGCCGCAGCUGCGUGACUUUGUUUGGUAAUCGAGUUGAAGAAAGCGAGGAUCCGCUCUGCGAGCGCUGCCAGAUGUUCUUCGCCUAGGUUUCCAAGGCCAGCUCUGCGCAAUCAAGUCCAGCCAUUCUCACACAGUCAAGCACCC